AUGCGUUUGCAGCGAGAAGCUGCUCAGCUUGACGAAGAGGUUGUUUCUGUGGACUGCCUUGGUGAUCCCGGCCUGGAACCCGAAGCCGCAUCACAGCCGACGCUGGCGAUGGAUGCACCUCCGACCUCAAGUAACGCGCCGGGACGUUCGCAGCGAGCUUCUCACCGCGUCCAGGAAACUCCGGGGUCGCUUGCAGGUGCUUCAUCAGGGUUUCAAGACGCUUUUUCGGGUUCAGAGCCGCAAUCUCUAUCGGCAAGUGUGGGUUUAGUGGAAACCGCGGAGUAUGGGCAGGGGUCGAACAGCGUGACAUGGCGGUGGCGGUUCCUCGCCGACGUCACUGCACAACCGCCGGACUGCGCCGAGCGCGUUACGCCGAGUGUUGUGUACUCCGACCUGACAGAACAGACGCCUAGCUGCAGAUCAUCGCUCGAUCGCGAACGCUCGAUAGAUUUUUUGUUGGGGUCUUGCGGUACUGUAGAGGCCGAGGGUUUCGCGCACAUCAAGGUAAUCGACUCAGAAGAUGAACGCGAGAUCGCUCAGAGACGGUUGCAAAUGAAGGAGUUACAGCGUUCGACGAAGCGCUGUUGGUCGACUGCUCCCUGCGACGCGGAUCACGUCAUCGAGGAGCCCCUCGCAACGAUGACGCCCGUCGCCUCCCAGAAGCAGGCGUCGAUGUUGCAUUCGGCGGGGUGCUCGGCGCUCUGCACGCCGCACAAACGGCGCUCUCUGCGGAAGAAAGAGGCGAGCUGUUCAGGAGAUUUCCGGUCCUUCAGUAGAAAACAGCUGCGGCCGCGCUCCACCGGUCAGGCUGCCCGAAGGCUCACGAUCGAUGCCCUACCAGCGGACGUUUUGGCGCUGGUGUUCCGCCAUCUGAAGCUUUUGCCAGAUCUGAGCCUGCACUCGUCCAUGGUGAACAGGUCGUGGCGUGAAGUAGCCAUGGAUCCGCGACUUUGGCGAGAAGUUGACUUUGAACAUUACGAAAGGGUGAAUGACGACGUCGUGUUGAACUACACUAGGCGCGCGCAAGGGCGGGUGAGCCUUCUGGACUUGUCCAAAUGCCAUCAGGUUUCCAAUGCAACCAUCAUACAGGUGGUUCGGGAGAAUCGCCAUCUUCGCACCAUCCGCUUAGCUUGGUGUAACUCAGUGACUGAUGCUGUGGUCGUUGAGAUUGCGAAAUGUUGCAAUGAGUUGCAGGAGAUCGUCCUCGCAUGUUGUGUGCACGUGACCGGAGUCGCCAUCGACGCCCUGGCCGAGCACUGUCCAUCAUUGAAAGUGGUGAACCUCGCCUGUCUCGGUAAGAUAGAGUCGCAAUCGCUUGUCAGGCUCUUUCGAAGAUGCGGCAGUCUCGAGCAGCUCCAUAUCGUGAAUGCUGCGGCUGUCGAUGAUCGCAUCGUGGCACUGAUGGCACGACGCUUGCCGCGCCUCAAGUACCUGGAUCUCUCGUGGUGCGCACACGUCACUGACGAAGCAGUUUACCGCCUAGCCAGAUACUGUCGCGAUCUGGAACAUCUCGAGUUGGGCGAUACGAAAGUAUCGUCACAUGGGGCGCGAAUGCUUCUGCGUUGCUGCCGCAAACUUAAGGUCUUAAGUUUACCACGGUGCGUUUUCAUCGAUGACGAACUUAUUCACGCUAUCCUCGCUUUCGCGGCAGAUCGUUUGGAAUCGUUGAAUGUUGCCUCUUGUAACCGAGUGAGUGACGACGCAUUGCAGCUUCUCGUAGAGCAGUGUACAAACUUGUGCAAGCUCGACGUCUCGAAAUUGCCAUGUCGUCAGCUGGGUGGCAUCCUGCGCAGGGCAAGCUCGCAUCUAGAGAUUUUUUACUGA